UCCGCAAUAUCGCACACCAUGCCUCCCAAAGCUGCUCCGCCAGACCGGGCGAAUACUAUUCGAAUUCUUGUUGCGACCGAUAGCCAUGUCGGGUACAAUGAACGGGACCCGUAUCGUAAAGAUGACAGCUGGAAGACAUUCCACGAGAUCAUGACGCUUGCUAAGGAGCGCGAUGUGGACAUGGUGCUGCAUGGCGGCGAUCUCUUCCAUGAGAACAAGCCGUCCCGUGCUGCAAUGUACCACGUUAUGCAAUCACUGCGAUUGAAUUGUCUGGGCGACAAGCCUUGCGAGCUGGAGAUGCUGAGUGAUGCGAGCGAGAAUUUUGGCGGUGUCUUUGACCACGUCAAUUACGAAGACCCCGAUAUCAAUGUUUCCAUUCCAGUAUUUGCGAUUCAUGGAAAUCAUGAUGACCCGUCGGGCGAAGGACAAUACUCGCCAUUAGAUUUACUACAGGCUUCAGGUCUUGUCAACUACUAUGGGCGAACUUCAACCGUGGACAGCAUAGAGGUCAAACCAGUCCUGCUCCAAAAGGGCACCACCAAAUUGGCUUUGUAUGGUCUUAGCAACGUUCGAGACGAGAGACUGUUUCAUACAUGGCGAGAUGGGAUGGUGAAGUUUUUUCAGCCCUCUGUACAAAAGGAUGACUGGUUCAACUUGAUGAGCGUCCACCAGAAUCAUGUUGCUCACACCGAAACCAGCUAUUUGCCUGAAAACUUCCUGCCAGAAUUCAUGGAUCUGGUCAUCUGGGGCCAUGAGCACGAAUGCCUGAUUGAUCCAGUUUACAACCCAGAAACGGGGUUUCACGUGAUACAGCCUGGUUCAUCCAUCGCCACAUCGCUCAUGCCUGGAGAAGCUGUUCCUAAACAGGUAACUAUCAUCAGUGUUAAUGAGAAGAAGUUUGAGUGUGAACCCAUUCGACUCAAGACGGUGCGACCGUUCAUCAUGAAGGAGAUCGUUUUGAGAGACGAAGAUGAGAUCAAACGAAAAGAGUUGUGGCGAAUCAAAGACAACCGUGCUAAGAUUACCGCGUACUUGUCUACUGUUGUAGACGGUUUGAUUGAGGAGGCCAGACGUGAAUGGCUGGAGCUACAAGAUCACCACGAAGAAGGCGAUGACAUCGAAAUGCCUUUGCCGCUGGUACGCCUUAGGGUUGAAUAUACCGCGCCAGACCCCGGUCAAUUUGACGUUGAAAAUCCCCAGAGAUUUUCGAACCGAUUCCAGAAAAGAGUCGCAAAUACCAACGAUGUCGUGCAGUAUUAUCGAAAGAAGAAGGCGGCAACUCGCACCACAAAAAAUGUCGUAGAGCAGCCAGAUCUCGAAUCGCUUGGUGAAACCGUAAAAGUAGAGGCACUCGUCAAGGAAUUUCUGACAGCUCAGUCACUGACUAUUCUACCGCAAAAUUCAUUUGGCGAUGCCGUCACUCAAUUCGUCGAUAAAGAUGAUAGGCACGCCAUGGAGUCAUUUGUAGAAAACAGCUUGAGGACACAAGUGAAACAUCUCAUGGGUGCAAAUGAUGUGGAUGAAGAGGAAAUCAUGGAUGAGAUGAACCAGUACAAAACUCAACUGGAGGAUUUGUUCGCGAACGGACAGUUGAAAAACAAGAAGGGCAGAAAGAAGUUGAAACCUAAGCCCGAUCUCUGGAACAGCGAUUUUGAUGGGCCUUGGGAAGAUGAUCCUGGGUCUGUCAUGUAUACCGAUGACGACGCAGAACCAGAGGUGGGAGUCGCUACUGCGUCAAAGGCCUUAACUUCGCGAGGCAGAGGAAAGGCUACAGGCACAUCACGUCAAAGCGCUUCAACAUCCGCUAAAAAAUCUUCUGUCGCAUCCAAGAGUACCCGAGGCAGGAAGAAGGUUAUUGAAGAAGAGGAAGAUGACAUCGAGGAGGACGAUGACGUGGUCAUGCUCAGCAUUGACGACGAGGAUUCUGGGGAAGAUCUCUUUGUGAGAGACAGACGGGCUCCCGCGAGAAGAGCCGCCACGAAAGCUCCAGCACGGCCGGCAUCCCCAGCAAAGAAGACGCCAGUAGCACGGCCGCGAGCUCCUGCUAAGAAGCAAACCACGCUCAGCUUCGCUUCCCAGGCAUCAGCACGCCCGACACCUCGUGCAGCGGCGAGUCGUGCUAAGAAGGCACAGGAAGUGAGCGAAGAAGAGAUCUCGGACGAUGACGACGCUUUCGAGCCACCUCCCACUACUCGAACCACGCGAAAGAGGUGA